AGAGAGAAAGAAAUUAGAAAAAAAAAACAUAAUAAAAAUCUGAUCUUUAUUGCUUAUUUGAAUUUUCUUUUUUCUUUUCUGGAGAUUGUUUUUUUUUUAUUUUUUAUUUUUUGCUGUGAUUAAAAGGGAAAGAAAGGAUGGAAAGGUAUGAAAUAUUGAAAGAUAUUGGGUCUGGGAAUUUCGGUGUUGCCAAACUUGUUAGAGAUAAAUGGAGUGGGGAUCUUUAUGCAAUUAAGUACAUUGAGAGAGGCAAAAAGAUUGAUGAGCAUGUGCAGAGGGAAAUCAUAAACCAUAGGUCCUUGAAGCACCCCAAUAUUAUCAGAUUCAAGGAGGCUUUGCUUACCCCAACUCAUCUAGGCAUAGUAAUGGAAUAUGCUGCGGGUGGAGAGCUUUUCGAACGAAUAUGCAAUGCUGGCCGAUUCAGCGAAGACGAGGCGAGGUUUUUCUUUCAGCAGCUGAUUUCUGGAGUCAGUUACUGCCAUUCGAUGCAAAUUUGCCACCGAGAUCUAAAGCUCGAAAACACGUUAUUGGACGGAAGCUCGGCACCCCGCCUCAAAAUAUGCGAUUUCGGUUAUUCUAAGUCAGCGGUAUUACAUUCUCAACCGAAAUCAACUGUCGGAACACCUGCCUACAUUGCACCGGAAGUCUUAUCGAGGAAAGAAUACGAUGGCAAGAUUGCAGAUGUUUGGUCAUGUGGAGUUACUCUAUACGUAAUGUUAGUCGGUGCAUAUCCAUUCGAAGACCCAGAUGAUCCGAGAAAUUUCAAGAAAACAAUAAAUAGAAUACUAAGCGUUUCCUAUUCGAUUCCGGAUUACGUAAGAGUUUCCAACGAAUGCAAGCAUCUCUUGUCUCGAAUUUUCGUUUCCGACCCCCAAAAGAGAAUAACGAUUCCGGAGAUUAUAAAGCACCCUUGGUUUAUGAAGAACUUACCGGCCGAAUUUAUGGAAGGAGAAGAAGCGAGUUUGGAUGUGAAAAAUAGUGAUGAAUAUAUUUCGCAGAAUAUUGAAGAAGUGGUUGCGAUAAUAACGGAGGCUCGAAAAACGGGGGAGGGGGCCAAAACGGGGGGCCCGUUUUUGGAAGGGAGCAUGGAUCUUGACGAUGAAAUAGAUACGGAUGCUGAUAUCGAUGAUAUUGAGACAAGUGGUGAUUUUGUUUGUGCAUUGUGAGUUCUACUAUUUGAUCAAGAAAAAGAAAAAAAUGGUGAUUUUAUUUUGUUUACAGAUGAAAAUGUAAUAUUAUUAUUAUUUUUUGGGGGGAUUUUGAACAAGUGGUUUAUUGUACAAAUAAAAAACUAUAUGUUGUAAUAAUAAUGCAUAAAUAUGUAAGUGUUAAGUUUGUUUUCCACCA